GAAAAGUGCUUAUUUACACAAAUGCUCAAAAUGAUGCUUUCUGCUCCCGCUCCAUUUCAGAUAUGACAGACAGCCAUACAUGGGGUCAGUAGCAGCAACAGUAAGGAGGGCUCAAGAGUGGGCAUCCUGGCUGGCCAAGCCAGAUGAUGCCAGUGGCUCUCCAAAGCAGUCUUCCCUGUGGCCUCUUCCUGGUUUCUCCUGCUGGGCACUACUGCCUGGCAGAUGCCUUCCUCUUUCCGCUUUUCCUGCUCCCCCAUGUUCCAUCAGAAAUUUUCGCUCUGUGCAGUGAUUUCCCCAUUCACCUGGUUGGGAAACCAGAGGCUGUGGCAACUUGGGAAGGGAGGGGCUCUCUCGGCAUGGCCCAGAGUCCUGGCAGCGGGCCAAAGCCCGGCCUGUUAUAAAAGGGAGCGGACACUGAGCCCUGCACAUCUUCUGCCAACUCAGUUUCGGGGAGACCUGGUGGGGCAGACUCUUAGGCACCAUGCUGACAGAACUGGAGAGUGCCAUGAACUGCCUCAUUGACGUUUACCACAAGUACUCCCUGGAGAAGGGGAACUACCAUGCCCUCUACAGGGAUGACUUGAAGAAAUUGUUAGAGACAGAAUGCCCUCGGUACCUGAAGAAAAAGGAUGCAGAUACCUGGUUCAAAGAGUUGGAUAUCAAUAGUGAUGGCGCAAUUAACUUCGAGGAGUUCCUCAUACUCGUGAUAAAGGUGGGCGUGGCCAGCCACGAAGACAUUCACCGGGAGUAGCAGAGCCCUAGGCCCUGGGGCUAUCCCUGCCAAAUAAUAAAGUCGUUGUUGAUA